CACGAGCUUAUUAGUAUGCAGGGAGAGUUGCUUGCAGGACUGAGCUGCGAGGUUGGGGAAGCUGGAGCCCGCGACAGGGUCUUUUUUUCCUUUCUGCAAGGAGCAGCAGCCAGUGCAUUUACAGUGCAACAGUCAGCACAGUGCAAAUACCAGUAGGAAUACAACAAAGUCCCAGUCACUGAUUUAAUUGUAUUGCGUUCCCUGUGUGCAAAGGAACACCCCUCCCUCCAAGAAUGAGGCUGGAUCCCCGGUGCCAAGAGAAGCGGAGGAGCCGCGGAGGGCUGCCGCCAGCCUCGUGGUGAGAGCAGGGAGCCCUUGGUCCCCGGCGCCUGGUGCGCUGCGCGCUGCCCGUUUCCCUCCGCGGAGUGGGAUCCGCGUGCCUGCUUGCCCGCCCGUCGGUCCCGCUCGCUCGCUCGCUCUGCUGGCCUCCCUUCCCUGCUGGGGUUUCGGCGGCGGCGGCAGCGCGGCCCCGGGAUGGAUGGCCGCGAGUUCGCGCCGCCGCCUCACCUCCUGGCCGAGAGGGGCCACCGCAACAGCUCCAGCCGCCUCGCUUCCUCCGGGCACAACUCGGUGCAGCACGCGGGGCACUUCCAGCCCGGGAAAUACUUCCCCUCGCCCAUCUCCAUGGCUACGCACACAGCAGGAAGUGGGUUGAUGGGAAACUCACCUGCCUCGUCUUUUAUGGGAAGCUUCCUCAGCAGCAGCUUGGGUUCAGCAGCACCGCCACAUCCCACAGGCCCGGCAUCAUCCCCAUCAGAACCGGCCUUCCGCGGCCCCCACUCCGGCACUUCCCAGAUUUGGUUCUCACACUCCCAUGAAGCUCCAGGUUACCCGAGGUUCUCCGGGAGCUUAGCAUCCACUUUUCUUCCCAUGAGCCACUUGGAUCACCAUGGAAACAGCAACGUCCUGUAUGGCCAGCACCGUUUCUAUGAAAGCCAGAAAGACAAUUUCUACCUGCGGAACCUACCGGCUCAGCCCACCCUACUGUCAGCCAAUCACAACUUCCCCAGCAUUGCCCGGGCCGCACCGGGGCACCCCAUUGGCUCCUGCAGCCGGGACCGGGAGGCAGGCCACGGGCAAAAGUGCCACAAGGACUACGAGCGCUUUGUGCUGUCCAAGGGGGACAAGGGGGCCAAGGGCGAGGGGAAGGACCGACUGGCCGAGGAAGAGGCGGCCAAGGAGCGGCACAAGCUGGUGAUGCCCAUGACGCCCGAGGCAAACUGCAAGGAAGGGGCUCCCCAGCGGGGCUCCUGCGACAACCGCCCCAAGCACCUGCCUUCCUGCCUGCUGAGCUCCAAGGUGCUGAAUGGCGACUCAGGCAAAGCCGUGCUGCCCAGCUGCGGUGGGGGCAUCCUGCCACGCCACGCGGGAGCCCAGAGCCGCUGUGCCAAGGAUCUCGGCCACCACGAGCCCCCCCAGUCCUACAGCGAGUGCCUGGAGCGGCGUCAGAUGCUGCACCACUCUGUUUCCUACACCGUCCCAUCAAGCCUGCCCACCGGGCCCCCGGCCUUGAGCACGACCACGGGCAGUUUCCCCUGCUUGCAGCUCCACUCCAGCCCUGACGGGAUGUGCCACCUGCAGGAUAAGGCCGGCCGGGAGCUGCGGAUCAGUGGAGCCACCUUUGUGCCUUCCGUAGGCCACUUGACUGACAAGAGCCGCUCCUUCCAGGUGCCCUCCGAGCCCUGCGAGGGGAAGGAGCGCCCCCACGACGUGGGCCCCGAGCACCCACCUCCUUACGGGAACCACCAUUUCUCUCACCUCAAGGUGGAGGGCAAAGCCGAGCGGCGGCUGGACUGGCCGCAGAAUUCCAACGCGGCCCGCCUCAAAGGCCUGGAGUACCUGAACAGCACGGGCUCCGACGGCCAUUUUGGGAGCUUAACCCACCAGCCUAAAGGCGGGCACUUUGAGAUGGUGCCACCUCAGGACUGUGCACGGCCUAGCCCUCAGGAGACGCUGUGCAAACUCAGCCAGUCCUGCUGCACUUUAGACAAGGCCCACAAGGAGCCGCCGACGCCCGGCACCCAGAAAGUGGCCCGCAUCCGCCACCAGCAGCACUUGCAGACGGAGAUGGAGCAGGCCGGGGCCCACGCGGAGUCCAAGCGCAAGUCCAUGGAGCUUGGCUCUCUGGGCUACAAUGGGCCGCACCUGCCGCCGUGGCCGGUGCAGGGCCAGGGCCCUCCUCCUCUGCCCAUGGUGGAGGAGAGGAAAAGCUCCUACCUGGACCCUUUCAGCAGCAGCCUCCAGCAGGCUGCGCUCAUGACUCAGGGCUCGGUGCUCACCCAGGAAAUGCAGGCGCCGCCCGACGACGUGUCGGCCAUGAAGAACCUGCUGAAGUACAGCAACCAAGCACUUAUCGUGGGGCAGAAAGCUCCUUUCGUGGGACUAGGCAGCCUCAAGGGCAGCUGCGCCCACCAGGACGGGGGCAAGUUCCUGGGCGCCAAGGGCCAGCAGGAGAUGGAGCGCCCAGACUGUGCCCGCAGCAGGGAACACGAGCUGGGACACGGGGACGGCGAAGUGCGCCAGCCUCCCGUGGGCAUCGCUGUAGCCGUGGCUCGCCAGAAGGAUACACUUAGCCGGCCCGAACCAGCCUACGGCUCCAGCUCCAGUCGGCAGAGCAGGGCUGCCAUGGGGCUCAAAGCUGGCGCGGCGCGGCCUGUGCAUGUCAUUGACCUGGAUGCUGAAGAGGAACGGAGCCGGCUGUGUGAGGAGCGCCUGGGGCUUGCUGGGAGAGAUCUCUUGAUCCAGGACAACAAGGACCUGGUGGAAUUUGCCCGGAUCCACCCGUCCAGCAGCUGCCCUGGAGACCUUACCCCCCACCUGAUGAUUGCGGGCAGUUCCUCGUUGCAGGCCAGCCAGUUGGGAGGAGACCCAGCAGCCCAUACCCACCCAGCUCAUACCCACUGGUUGCCCCGGACACGCAGCCCUUCUCUUUGGAUGGGUGGACACUCGUACGGUAUCGGGCACCCUGCUCUUCAUCAAAACCUGCCUCCCGGCUUCCCGGCCUCUAUGCCCAGUGCCAUGCAGCCAGUCUUCCCCCUGUCGCAGGAACCACCUGCUCAACUAGUAAUCCUGCCCUCUGAGCCUCCAGCCCAUGGGGCCCCCCAUACCCUGGCAGCUGAGGUGAUGGAUCAGGCAUCAAUUUGGCCACCCAUGUAUCCCAGCCGGGGGCCUGGCUCUCACCUGCAGCACACAGGGCAACUCCCUGUCUAUUCCCGCUCCCAAUUCCUGCGUCAGCAAGAACUCUAUGCCCUGCAGCAGCAACAGCAGCAGCAACAGCAGCGUGCAGCACAGGCACUGGAAGUGCAGCGGCACACACACAGCCAGCGGAAGCCCGAAGAGCCACCCCCUGAGCUGGAGAUGCCAGGCCCCGAGAAGCCACUCAAACCAUCCCACAAAGCUGUUGCCUUAAACGCUCCCCCGAAGGGCCUGUCGCCAGCAGCUGCCUGCUCAGCCAAGCUGUCCCCGUGUUGCCACCCGCCCAAAUGCCCUGCCCCCUGCACUUUACCUGUCUGCCCUGCUGUGGUGCCACGCUCUCCUGCUGUCAGUCCGGUGCCCUCGCAGAGCUCCACUGGCCCUGAGGCCGAGGACAAGCAGCCUGAAGGGAGGCCAGCCCAGGACUAUCCCAAAUCGCUGGAACCAGAUCUUCCCCCUGGUUACUCCUACCCUGUGGCUGGCCUGGGCUAUGCAUCACCUUUACCCCUGGACCCAGCUGAUCCUGACACUAUGCAAACGGUUUCCACGGCAGCUGAGCCCGAACAGUCGCGCACCUUCCCACCAGAGCAGGAGCCACAAUGUGAGGCGGAAGCUCGUCCAUCCAGUGGGGCUGGGGACCCCGAAGUGGAUUCCUCCCACCCUCACCCUCCUCACCUCCUUGUGCACCCCCAGAGGCCGAGCUCCACGGAACUGGCCAAGGAGACGCCGUGUUGCCCCCUGCUGGUCGGGGACAGCCCAGACGGCUUGGACUCUGCCCCGAAGGAAUGCCAGGAGGAGCCUAGGCCGGAAGCUGCUGUUCCAGGGCCUUCGCCAGAGGUGAUGGCUGUGGAGGAUAGCCCAGCUGCAGCACUGGAAGAUGAAGGCCAGGAAGACGAGAGCGAUGCCAGCUCACCAGAUGACCUGUCGACCCAUGCCGAGGUGCAGGUGGCCCCGUGCGGCCUGGAUGCCCUCAUUGCUGCCAGCAUUGAUCUGGGCGAGCUCCCAGCUUUGGAAUCUCCACCUCCUGCAGAUUCCCUUCCCCUGCCCUCGCCAUGCAGCUCAGGGAUUCCUGGCAUUGCCCUGCUCAGUGAGCUGGCAGAACUGGAACUCCGUCGCCAGCAGUGCGAUACUGCCGCCCAUGUGCUGGAUGAAGACCUGGCAGCGUUCAAUCUGCAAAGCCUGGCCACUCUCGCUGCCGCCUGGGCCCUGGUCGAGGCAACCGGCCUGGAGAGCAGCCCCCCUGACCUCCUCGACCUGGCAGAAGCUGCUGUGCCCUGCAUGGACCUGCGUCCUCGCAUGCGGGCCUCCCGCCGCAAGUACAUCUGGACCCCCAAGACCAAGCCUGUUUGCCCCCUGAAAGCAGCCAUCGAGAACUUGGACACCCAGGAAGUAGAGAUGCGGAUGCGGCUGGCGGAACUGCAGCGGCGCUACAAGGAGAAGCAGCGGGAGCUGGCCAAGCUUCAGAGGCGGCAUGACCACGAGCGAGACGAGAGCUCCCGGAGUCCGGCUCGACGGGGACCAGGGCGACCUAGGAAGCGCAAGCACUCCAGCACUCUCAGCUCCCUGCGCCAGGGCUCCAUCAGCAAGAGCGACAGCAGGAAGGUCAAGUCAGUAAAGGCCAGCUUAUCUCUGCUGUGUGCAGAGCUGCGGGCUGAGGGAGAGCCGAAGAAGAAGAAAAGGAAAAUAUCAGAGACUGCUUAUGGUGGCAUUAAAAACUCCCAGGAAAAGGUGCGUUGCAAGAAGAGCAGCUCCCAAAACAAGCUGGCUUCCACCGUGGUGCACAAGGUCUCCCAUCUCAAGCAGAAGGUCAAGAGCAAAGGCUUGCCGGCAAACAUUGGCCCGUUCCGACGGAAAGAGCCCAGCCCCGGUACCAGGAUCCAAAAGAAACUCUCCCGGCCCAAGAGCUCCAAAGCAACGCCUUGUGCCAAAUACCCACAGCAGGACCUCACUACCUCAGAGGUCAAGCCAAGCACAGGAAAUACUGAUGCAGAUGACAAUCGCCACAAAGACUACGAAAGCGACGACGAUGACGGUGGUGGUGACGACUUGACCAGCGACACCAGCUCCACCCUUCACGUGACAGUAAACCCUGCUGUGAUUGGCCCCUCUCCUUCCUCAGUGGUGAAGAUGGAAGCGAAUCAGAAGGCAAAGAAGAAAAAGGAGAGGCAGGGGCUGCUAGGGCCCUGCCGGAUCCCCAGUCCCGAGGGCCAAGUCAAAAUCAAGCGGCGCCCGGUGAAGCCCGGUGUAGGGAGGCUGGAAAAGGUGCCCGUCUGUCGGGCAGCAUCUUGCGAGGCUUCCAGCAAGAAGAAGUUGAAGAGCAAGGCCAAGGAGCUGCAGUGCGGGCCUGGGACAUCGGCCGCGAACGAGGGGCUCUUCUCUGGCAGCCAAGCCCGACUGUUUGCAACUCGGGACGAUGCAGGAAAGCUCAACAGUGAACGCCUCAAGAAAGCCACGCGGAAGAGCAAGGUGCUGCAGUCGGCCCUCAGGAGAAAGAAUGGGGCACUGGCGCUUUCUCCCCGCAAUGCCAAGGUCAUCCUCAGCAAAGGCAAGAAGCUGGCCAAGGUCAAGAACAAGGUGGUCAGCAAGCAGUGCAAAGGCCGGGCGGUCAGCCGGCUGAUGGAGAGCUUCGCCAUUGAGGAUCACUUUGAGUUUGAUGAUAACAGCAGCUUCUCUGAAGAGGAGGAGAUGCCCCCCACUGGUACAGAGCAAGACAUGACCCCUGCCCAGUCAUGCACCAUUCACAAGGAGGAUCUCCAGGAUGGACUGCGCGUGCUCAUUCCCAAAGAGGACAGCCUGCUCUAUGCCGGGAGUGUGAAGAGUUUGCAGCCACCAGACAUCUACAGCAUCGUCAUUGAGGGAGAGCGAGGGAACCGGCAGAGGAUCUAUUCCCAGGAGCAGCUGCUGCAGGAGGCGGUUCUGGAUGUGCGGCCGCAGUCAAGUCACAGCCUCCCACCUGGCACCCGAGUCUGUGCUUACUGGAGCCAGAAGUCCCGCUGCCUCUACCCAGGAAAUGUAAUUCGAGGUUCCUCAAGUGAUGAAGAGGAUGAUGCAGACUCUGUGCUGGUAGAAUUCGACGACGGGGACACAGGCCACAUUGCAGUGUCUAAUAUCCGCAUGUUGCCACCUGAUUUCAAAAUCCAGUGCACAGAGCCUUCUCCUGCACUCUUGGUCUCCACCUUCUGCCGUCGCAACAAGAGGUCUUCCAGUGAUGUUCCCCAUUCCAGUGAAUCGGCACCAAGCCUGUGCGCUGAGGGGCGUGAGAGCUCAGAGUCAGCCAAAAGCACCGGCAAGAAGGCAACCAGCAAAGAGAAAGCUGGUAAAUCUGACCUGCACCCAAGUUCAAAAGCCCUGCCUGGUGAUCACUUCCUGGGCCGCCGUCCUAGCCCUCUGUUGAGCUGGUCAGCUGUGGCUCAGAACAAGCGCAAGACCUCCAGCAAGAGCACUGCGAUGCGGCAGAACCUCUUCCAGCUCAACGGCAGCAGCAAGAAGCUGCGGGCCAAGGAGGUGCUCUUUCCCGUACACAGUGUGGCUGCCCCCAUUUUUGGCAACGGCUUUGGCUCAGACUCGUUCAGCCGCAUUGCCAACUCCUACUCGGCUUUUGGAAGCGCCGGCCUGGUUCUGCCGUGCACCCAGAAGCUCUUGCGUGCCAAGAAGGCAGAGCGGUUGGACCUUGAGAUGGGCAAGGGAGGGCGCCGGAAAAUGGGCAGCGAGUACCUGGUCAAGCUGGACCACGAGGGCGUGACAUCGCCCAAGAACAAAAACUGCAAGGCCUUGCUGAUGAAUGACAAGGACUUUGGCUCACUGCCCGGCCACGGCUACGCUCACCCGGCCUUGGGGAUCAAGGAGAAGAAGAGCACAUCAUUGCCGAUGGGGCUGGCGCUGCGCAAGUACACGGGUCAAACAGAGUAUGGUCUACACUGUGACAGCGACUGUCACAGCUCCUACUCAGACAUGGAUGAAGAUGAGGUGGACGACUUGAGAGGAAGUGUACCCUCCCGCUUCCUGACACGACUUUCCGUCUCAUCGUCGUCCUCUGGAUCGUCCACUUCCUCCAGCUCGGGCUCGGGCUCCACAUCGAGCCUCUGCUCAUCAGACAAUGACUCGUCCUAUAGUUCCGACGACGAGGACUCGACCUUGCUUGUGCAGACCUGCCUGACGCACCCUGUCCCAGCCCUGCUGGCUCAGUCCGAAGCCCUGCGCUCCAAGGGCAGCACCCUGCAGAGGUGCUUUGGCGCUGGGGCCAAGGGCAAGCUCAGGCGCAAGGAGGCCCUGAGCUUCUCCAAAGCCAAAGAGUUCUCCCGCCGGCAGAGGCUGCCCUCGGUGGAAAACCGGCCAAAGAUCUCUGCUUUCCUGCCAGCACGCCAGCUCUGGAAGUGGUCUGGGAAUCCCACUCAGCGUCGUGGCAUGAAGGGGAAAGCACGGAAAUUGUUCUACAAGGCAAUUGUACGGGGCAAGGAGACUCUGCGCAUCGGUGACUGUGCUGUCUUCCUGUCAGCCGGGCGACCCCAUCUGCCAUACAUCGGCCGCAUUGAGAGCAUGUGGGAAUCCUGGGGCAGCAACAUGGUUGUCAAAGUAAAGUGGUUCUACCAUCCUGAGGAGACCAAGCUGGGCAAGCGGCACAGUGAUGGCAAGAACGCGCUGUACCAGUCGUGCCACGAGGAUGAGAACGACGUCCAAACCAUCUCGCACAAAUGCCAGGUGGUAGAACGCGAACACUACGAGCAGCUGACGCGCAGCAAGAAAUACCAGGACCGACAAGACCUCUACUACCUGGCAGGGAGCUACGACCCCACCACAGGCCGGCUCGUGACUGCAGACGGCGUGCCCAUCUUAUGCUGAGACUGCGGGAUGCAACCACUGCUCCAGGGCCGGAAAACGGCUGGCGGGGGGUGGGGUGGAUAGGAGGGCCAAGGGACAGUGGCAAGUCUCCUCUCACCGUUUCCUGCCCCGUUGGAUGCAAGGCCCUGAAAUAUGCAAGGUUCCCGGCUUUGCCAUGCCCCGGGGUUGCAGGCUGAUCCCGGCUCCCCACACGGCUCUGUACAGAUUUGAAUCCAAGCCAUACUUUCCCUAGUACCUCUGACUGUUUGCCACAGGCCAAACACAAAUCAGGUUACCGCUCUAUUUAUUUCGUGUGUAAAUAGUGUAUUUCUGAUGGGAAGUUUUAUGGAAAAAGAAGCAAAUGAGACAAAAAAAAAAGGAGGCAGGUUUUACUGGGGUGGGAGGGUAAGGGGGCUAUUUGAUGGGUUUUAUUUUGUGUUCGAUGCACUGUUUUCCCUCCAGCUUAGCUGGGGGUGCGGAUGCCAGGCAAGCAUGUAAAUACAGAAGGGGGCACUUGAAGGCCGUGGCAGCGCAGGCUCUGAAAGCCUAUGCUGACCUCACAAGACUGUGUACUAUAGACUCCCCUCACCCGUCCCCUCCUACCCUUUUUUAUUAUUAUUAAUUAUUAUUAUUAUUAUUAUUAUUGUUAUUCUAAUGAUAAUUAUUCUGACAAUGUCUGCGGAUGUUAAUAUGCUCCUGUUAAAGAGAAGAUUAUAUAUAUUAUUAUAAAAUCAGGAUCUAGUA